AUGUCCCUCUGGAAGAACUACUUCGGUCUUGGACCAGUUGCCUCGUCUGGUGCCACGCCCACAGACAAGGAGACUCCUGCCAGAUCGCUCCCUGUCUCCUGGUACACUUCCCAGGAGCUCUAUGAGCUCGAGCGCCGCGCCAUCUUCUCCCGCAAGUGGCUACUGACCACCCACGUCCUGCGCCUCCCCAACACAGGCGAUUGGAUACAGUACAAGAUCGCCGGUUAUCCAUUCGUCCUUGUCAAAGACCGCCAGGGCAAUAUCAAUGCCUUCCACAACGUCUGCCGCCACCGCGCCUUCCCCGUCGUCACCGAGGAAUCCGGCACAUCCCGAAUCUUCGCCUGCCAGUACCACGGCUGGUCCUACGGUCUUAACGGCAAGCUCGCCAAAGCUCCGGGCUACCAAGACAUCGAUGGCUUUGACAAGUCCAAGAACGGGCUCCUCCCAAUCCACGUGCACGUGGACAAAAAUGGGUUUAUAUGGGUGAACAUGGAUGCGGGCGAGAAGCCUGAGACUGCCUGGGAAGAUGACUUCAAGGAUGUUGAUCUGCAGCCGCGGUUCAAGGACUUUGAUUUUGCGGACUACGAGUUUGAUCAUACGUGGGAGAUGGAAGGAGAAUAUAACUGGAAGAUCCUGGCGGAUAACUACAGUGAGCGUUAUCAAUGCCAGACAUCGCAGCUAGAUGUCCCAUCGCUGGCGGAUUCGAGUGCGAAGCCGGAGCAGAUUGAGCAGGGGUUGAAGAUUGCUAGCACAUACUACUUCCCCAAUGCGAGCAUGACUGCGUCACCCCACUUCUUCUUCAUGCAACGCUUCGUUCCCACCUCUCCCACAAGCUGCGCCAUGAAAUAUGAAGUCUACCGCAACAAGUCCUCCUCGACCGAAGACUUCGGCGUCAUCAACCAAGUAUACAAACGCAUCAUGUCUGAAGACAAGGACCUCUGCAUAAACACGCAAAAGGACCUCAACAACGGCGAACUUCGCCCCGAGAUGGAGAAGGAGCCUUCGUACUUUCAGACAGCAGUACAGGGGAUCGUUACUGAGCAUCGUGAGAAGGAAGAGAAAGACGGGAAGGAGAUUUGGCCUGCUAGGCAGAGGUUGCCGGAGACGGCGGCUGCGGGGGUGAGUAAGGAGGAUGAGGAGUUCUGUAGGGAAUUGGACUUUACUGGAAAGAGGCAGCAGAGAGAUGUUGCUGUGGAGGGGUGUGGUAUGGAGGGGUGUUGCUCGGCUGGAAAGGGUGCGCCGGCUAGUGGUAGUCUUGUUUAUUAG